AUGGAGACGGACAUCUGGGAUGUCACGGCAGUGUUUGCAGUCGGGGCUGCUGUACGACUGCAUGGACUGCAGCGGAAGCCGGAGCUGAAUGGCUGCACCGGCAGGCUCACCCAGGACAUGGGUGGUGAUCGCUGGGGAACCAAAAUUGACGGACAAGAACUCUUUGUGAGCCUCAAGGCCUCAAACUUGCAGCUUCUGAUGCCGGAAGGCUAUUGGCACCUGGCACCGGGCUCCUUCGUGCAAGUGCACGGGUUGCAGAGCCGUUCCGACCUUAAUGGGAAAAAGGCAUCGUUGGCACAGUUUCUGGGAGAGCGUUGGGUAGUGCAGAUCGAGGGCAGUGAGGAUAUGGUCAGUUUGAAACCCGGCAACCUCUCCCCAUUGGCUUGCUGUUCACAGCUCACUGCAUCCUGGGAGAGUGACCUUCGUGAUCUGGAGUCUCUUGCCAGCAUGGUUCUACAGGAGUUUGUCGAAGGUCCUGACGCAUAUCCCGUGGUUCGUAGGCUGGGAAAGCUGAAGGUCACCAAAAAAGCUGAGGAGUUGGAUCCGCAAACGCUUCCCAGAGACAGACUGUAUCCCCGGACUUGGUGCGAUCUCGAACUCGGCGAAUCCGAAAGGCUGUUCUACAAGAUGUCGCUGUGCAGCAGAUGCUCUGAGGUAAACUACAUCUUUGCAGACGUAUUAAACCAAAUGGCCGGCCAAUGCACGCCGGUUUUCCAAGGUGCAGACAUAGCCGGCAUGUUUCUAUGUGUGGGCUUUGUUGUUCAUGCAUAUCGACGUCUGCACAUCAAGCAGAAUUUUGGGCAGGUCUAUUGGCAGCACAGCCAGCGAGUGCAUAAUGAAUCUCGAAACCACGUGUGGCUGGAGAUUCCUUUGCCUGGGGCGUCGCCGGGCGACCAAAAUGCACGACUGAUAUUGGAUUUGACUGCCGCGCAAUUCGACAUGUGUUCACCGCGAAAGCGCUUCGGCAUGGUCAGAGGUCAAGAUCGGCGAUACAAGAAAUGCUACGAGCUGCCUUGCACGAUGGUGCCACUACAUUUCUUGAACUGGGCAGCCGAUCGGAACAACGUGCGCUUUGAGGGAAAGCACUGUGUGGAGGCUAUUAAGACGUUCGAGAAGAAACUGAUGGUUUCAGGAGGACUUUGCUGUUCUGAUUCGCUCGGGAUUCUUGAAGCGAUACUUGACAGAAUAGGCACUGUCGGCCCGGGUCAGUUACUGAAGGAAGCAUUGGAGUCUUCAGAACUGCGAAGUUUUGAGCAGGCAUGUGGCAUGAAGUUGGAAGCGUUGAGGAAGAUGGACCAUACUGCGGCACAGAGCAUGAGAGAUGCUUUGGGCGAAGGACCUACGUGCGAAAUGGGUGGUUGUCCGCAGCAGUGA